GUCUGAGUAUGUGUUUGUGUUGUGUAGUGUUGUGGAGGGAGUUUUGAAAAACAGUUUGAAUUUUCUUUACACAAGAACACUUUUACGCUUUUUCAUCGUUAACAACCAGGGAAUAGUGUUUCAUACCGAGAAGGAGGGUGAAGAACAUGGAGAGUGCUCUGAUGCAAAUGAUUCCGCCCCCGCUCCCUCUAAGCCCCGCCCCCGUACCCCUCCAGUGUCCAGAACUGGACCUGUCACUUACACUGACCCCAGAGAGACCGGGACACCCAGCAGGAGCUCUGAAGAAAGGAAAAACACAGACACGGCCACGGCAGGUACGUUUCGCUGUGAGUCCUGACUCCUCCUUCGACCAUUCUCCUGUUACCAUGGAAAUGACACAACAUCACAGUAACCAAUCAGCUGCUAAGAAACAACACACUAAAGGAAAACAAGGUCCACACACAGGGGAACAGGGGGGCGUGUCUGCUGAUAGUGAUGGACAGCUGACAGAAGGGGCGGAGCUAAACACUACACUAGCCCUGAAGGCAGAGUUACAAAAGCUGGAGGAGGCAGAGUUUAACUCCCAAAAGGCCAUACAGGAAAGACUGCAGAACUCCACUACUGUGCAGGAGUGUGUCAGAACCCGAACAGCUGAGGGUCUGAAUUUUCCACGCUCUCAUCAUCUCUAUCGCGCUCUUGUCAGCGUCAGUCUGUCACAUGACGAGCUCAUCUCUGAGGCCUUGCGUGAUAGGCCAGCCUUAGCCCCGCCCACAACCUGCCACCACAUAAAGUCCCGGUCACCUCCAGCAGAAGGUCCUGACCCGCUUUUCUUCUACGAACCUAACUGCGUUGUCAGGGAAACGCCCCUGUUGCCAGGCAACCACAUCCCUUUACCCCAUCCACGUCCAGCCCCCAGACCUGCUCACAUGACCUUUCACCUACUUCAGAGACACAGACAGUGGGAGGCAUGAGCUCAGU